AUUCUAUUCGACAGUGUUUGCUGUCUGACUAACUAUUCCAGUUCGGAGCAGUAGUUAGCCAUUACGACUCAAUAACUACACACUUACACAAUGGAGGUGCAUUCCUGGAACUCGAGCAGCGGCAACAGCGCCACCAGCGCCAGCAACACGGACAGCCUAUUGGAGCCCACCGAACCGGAGGUGCAACAGAUUGCCGCCGAGCUGGAGCUGAUGAAGGGCUAUCUGGAUAAUUUGGAGCUGCAGCUUAAGACGGGCGUGCCCGCGUGUCCGCCACGUUUGCCCGUCGAUUGCGCUAAUAUAGAGCCAGAUCUGAAGGAUUCCAGCGAUGCGAACAUUAGACAGCUGCAGCGCAACGUCUACAAGCUGGAGCAUCAAAUUGCCGAACUGUUUGCUUGCUCCGACAUGGCCAAGGAUAUGCUGACCGUACUGGGAUGCUCCUUCUGCCAACUGCAGCGAGACAUGCGCGAUGCACGCCAACAAUACGAUGCCGUCGAAUCGAUAAAGCUACAAACGGAUCAUCAGGCAUCGCUCUGUCUGCAGCGUUACACGCAUUUGUGCCACAUGUUCGCUAAUUGGAGCGAUAGCAAGGAGAACGCCAAGGAAAUGCAGUCGGUAUUCUUGAAUUAUGUGGAGUCGAUGCACACAAAGGCAGCAUACCUUGCAGAGAAGCACAUUCGGUACAAGCAGUUGGAGGAAGCUGAAAAUAUUUGUAUGCUCGCCACCAAGCAGCUGAUCCGACAGGCCAAGGAUGUGGAGGAUUAUCUGGACGCGCUGCUCGAUGUCCAGCUGUUUAGCCAGGUGUCGUGUGUUAAUCCUGGAUAUCAUACUGUUGGGGAACUGGAGCCGAAUAACGUAUGCUUUAAAAGCAACAUUUUACCAACGAUUCCGCCCUUUGUUUCGUUCUCGAGCACCUGGCAUUAUCGCAUGAUGCACAUGAUCAAGCAUAAGUUAAUGUUGAAUAUUUUACCCAAGCACAAGACCCAUUAGGGAUGAAGUACAUUAGAUACAUUUAUAGAAUAGAAUAUUUUGCAAGACUUGUA